AUGGCUGACAUCGCCACCAUCGCUGCGCUUUAUUUGCUGUGGGAGUCCGAGGAGCGUCGCAAACGCCGUCGUGUUUGGGUGCACGACAUCCUCCGGAGACGGCCACAGCUGGGUGAGUUUCACCACUUGCUCCAAGAACUCCGCCUGGAUGACGGCCGGUUUCAGCGGUACUUUCGACUGAGUCGGGCCCAGUUCGAUGACCUGCUAGCCCGGGUUGGUGCCAGGAUCUCCCGUCAGGACACCAACUACAGGCGCUCCAUAUCAGCUGCGGAGCGCCUGUCUGUCUGUCUCCGAUUCCUGGCUACUGGCGAUUCGUUCCGGACGAUAGCCACCAGCUUCCGGGUCGGGUCCUCCACCGUGGCUUCCAUCGUGUCCGAUGGGGUGACGGCUAUAUGGGACUGCCUGGUGGAGGAGUUCAUGGCUGUGCCCACUACCGAGGACUGGAGGGUGAUUGCGCAGCAGUUCGAGGAGCAGUGGAACUUCCCUCUCUGUUGCGGUGCCAUCGAUGGGAAGCAUGUUGUUCUGAAGGCCCCUGCGAACUCUGGUUCGCAGUUCUUCAACUACAAGGGAACAUUUUCCAUUGUUCUCUUGGCAGUUGUCGACGCAGACAAGUGCUUCCGCAUCAUCGAUGUGGGGGGCUAUGGGAGAACCAGGCAUGGAGGAAUUCUGGCCAACUCGGUGUUUGGUCAGGCCCUCCGAGCUGGCGAUCUCAAGCUCCCUGCUGACAGAACUUGGGUAUGCCAUACACACCCCACCUAG